AUAUUUCUUUACCAUUCAGGUUGUAAUACAAUUUGGUUUGAUCGGUUUGGUUCGGCCCUUAAAAACACAGAAUAACUCAAGACCUACACAAUCCAUGAGAAGAAGAAGCCUAUAGACCAGUUAAACCAAAAUUUUGAGAGAGACCUAUAAAUAUUGGGAAGAAAAAAUGGAGUAAAUAGGUAUGGGUCCAUGUUAAUGAUGCAUGUGACAAACAAUCAAAGCCCACACCAUUAAUUGGAGAUUGAAGAAGAAACAAUGCUUUUCAUAUUCUGUGACACCACUUCAAUUCCCUUUUCUCUUGUAUCCUAUUUCAGUACAAUGUCCUGAGAGUGCCCAUAACUUCUUUUGUCUUUUUAUCUCAGUUUCCACAAGAAAGAAUCAACUCAAGCCACAAGAGAAUAAUUUACCAUUAUGUGUGAUUAGUUUUGUUAUAAGACAUUCCAUAAUUUUACUGUUGUGUGGUUAGGAUAAGUGAAGAUGCUUUUGGACCAUGUUAUAUAAAUAACAUGUGUCUGCAAUGCCGCAAUGUGUAGCUUUCUUCAUUCACAAUAAUCAUUUAUUUUCAUUGAAUGAAACAAACAAGACAUUCAAAUAGACCAAAAGUUCCAUAGAGGUAGAGAGAGAGAAAGAGAAGAAAACAUGGGUGGCUCUACAAGCAAGCAGGAGAGAAACAGUAGUAAGAGACGCAUCAAGGUGAAAUCAAACGAACAACAGAGAAGGAGAGAAACAAGAAGAGAGCUUGAUGAGAAAGAGAGAGUGAUUUUGGCUCUGAAGAUGGCAGAGACAGAGUGGAGGAAAGAGAGGAAGAGACUGAGAGAGGAGGUGGAGAGACUGAGACAGAAGAUGGAAGAGAAAGAAGAGGCAAAAGUGAAACAACACGAGUGGGAAUGGGUUGUGGAACAGAUGUGCUUAGAGAGAGCGGUGAGGGAAGAAGCCGUGGAGAGGUGGAAACAGCUCUAUUUUGCUAUCAAGAAUGAGCUUGAUGAUCUCAUCCACACAACAUAUGGAGAGGCAUUGAGACAGAAACCUAAAGAAGAAAUAGUGCAAGAACUGAGGAAGGAAGUUAAAGUUAGGGGAGAAACUAUUGAGACACUCAAGGGAAGAAUAGCUUUGAUGGAGAAACAACGAAAUGAGAAGGAAAGAGAGAUUGAUUUACUGAGGCAGAGUCUGCGUAUCCUCGGCGGUAUCAGUGGGAGGAACAAAGCACCGUCAUCUACUACCAGAAGCCUGCCAGUAUUCAAAACAAAAUUCAUUGGGCGUAAAUAACAGUUUUAGUCAUAGCAAAUUACUUUCCCACAGGGAUUGCUUAAUAAAGUAAGCUUCAAGACAUAGUAAGCCAUUUCUUUCUUAUUUCAUGACGCUAAAGAAAGUUGUAUCCAGCAUCAAUAAAAUCCAUUAGAAAAGAAAAACAGUGAAUAAUCAGAGAUUAAUAUUCGUUGUGUCAA